CUGCAGUACUGCACGCGGCCGCGGCGGCGCUAGCGAGCCUGCACACCUCUCCGCUAAAGAUGUGAAAAUGGCGGAGCUACAAAUGCUUCUAGAAGAGGAGAUUCCAGCAGGACGAAGCGCACUAUUAGACAGUUUUACCAAUUUGGAAAGAGUCGCGGAGUACUGUGAGAGCAAUUAUGUCCAGUCUCCAGACAAGCAGAGGGCUCUGGAGGAGACCAAGAACUACACCACCCAGUCUCUCGCCAGCGUGGCCUACCUGAUCAACACGCUGGCCAACAAUGUGCUGCAGAUGCUCGACAUCCAGGCCUCGCAGCUCCGCCGCAUGGAGUCCUCCAUCAACCACAUCUCACAGACGGUGGACAUCCAUAAAGAGAAGGUGGCCCGGCGGGAGAUCGGCAUCCUCACCACCAACAAGAACACAUCCCGCACACACAAGAUCAUCGCCCCAGCAAACCCAGAGAGACCUGUACGUUACAUCCGCAAGCCCGUCGACUACAGCCUGCUGGACGACAUGGGGCACGGAGUCAAGUGGUUGCAAAGGUUUAAGGCCAGCGCUCAAAACAUGAAGGCCGGAGGAGGCGCGCUCCCUCGCACCAACCCCCCCACACAGAAGCCCCCCAGCCCGCCCAUGACAGGCAAAGGGACCCUUGGGCGCCACUCCCCCUAUAGGACGCUUGAGCCGGUGCGUCCUCCCGUUGUCCCUAACGACUACGUCUCAAGCCCGACGCGCAACAUGGCGCACCCCCAGCAGAGCCCUGCACGCACUGCAUCCGUUAAUCAGAGGAACCGCACGUACAGCAGCGGGAGCAGUGGAGGCAGCCACCCCAGCAGCAGUCGCAGCAGCAGCAGAGAGAACAGCGGCAGCGGCAGUGUGGGCGUACCCAUCGCCGUGCCGACCCCGGCCCCGCCCACAGCGUUCCCAGGUUCAGCCCCCGCCCCAUCCAACCCAGCUAAACCUCCCCCCAACACUGCCACAACCCCAGGGCCUCCUUCUUCUGCCCUAGACGGCCCCCCACAGGCCUGCAAUCCCCCUCUAGAGAUCCCGCCUGUACCCCCACCCCCUCCCCAGCUCCCUGCCUCUACGGCCCCCCCUGGCACCGGCCCUGCUACUUAUGGCAACCCCGCACAAGGUGCUCCUCAGUUCUACAGCAUGAACCGCCCAGCACAGCAGCCCCCGAACCCUCCGGUGGGAGGCUCUCUGCCCUUCCGCCGCCCCUCGUCCGUUACUGGUCAGCCCAACAUGGCCCAGAACCAGAACCAGCUCAACGGGGGUCCACACUUCGCCCAGAACCAAGCAGGCCCACAUGCGCCCCCUCCCCCAUCCAUGCAGAUCACUCCUCAGCUGCCUCUGAUGGGCUUUGUGGCCCGAGUUCAGGAGACUAUCUCAGACGUGCCACCCCCGCCUCCACCUGCCGAAGAGCCUGUGUUUGAGGAGCCUACACCCCCUCCACCUCCCCCUGAGGACUAUGAAGAUGAUGAGGAUGAAGAGGAGUCGGCGGUGGUGGAGUACAGCGAUCCGUACGCUGAAGAGGACCCGCCCUGGGCACCACGCAACUACCUGGAGAAAGUGGUGGCCAUCUACGACUACACCCGCGACAAAGAGGACGAGCUCUCGUUCCAGGAGGGCGCCAUCAUCUACGUGAUCAAGAAGAACGACGACGGCUGGUUCGAGGGCGUGAUGAACGGGACCACCGGCCUCUUCCCCGGCAACUACGUCGAGUCCAUCAUGCACUACGCCGACUGAACAACACUCCCCCUCCUCUGAGCGGGAGGAGCGACUGGUGGGGAAGGGAACGGGGAGGGAGAGGGGAGCCAAGGGUUAAAGGUCUCAGACUUUGAUCAAAGCAUGAUCACCUCCGGGCGAAGAGUGACAGGAGAUGGAGGGAAGCUGUUUUUAAAGGAGGACGUGACUAACUGAUGUCAUUCUCUCGACAUAGUCGUCGCCAUUGUAAAACAACCACUACUCUAGAUAUAUCCUUCCCUGUAAUGUUUCUUUCUUUCUUUGACCGAGGAGUGGACGGUGAUGGAUUUGUUACUUUGAGAGUUUUGUGUUACAUUAUGAAGCCACUACAUUAAUUUUCUUUUGUUGUUUUACCAGUUUGCCCUUAUGUUAAACAAUAUUUAUUUGUAGUGGGAUAAAUGGUGAGCAGGUCGCUGCCGAGAGGGAUUCAGCUAACAUUUACAAACGGCAGCCUUGGAGAAAGGGCUGGAGGAAAAUGCCUUCAUGUGUAGAUUUUCUCAACAGACAACAUUAAUCCUCAGUAGGGGGGAGGGGGGUUCAUGGUUGGGUACCUCAGCAGGGAUGGUGCCAAAGCUGAGCAAGAAAAGCACAUCUGAUGUCUUAAAGUGACGCACGAAGCUACAGUGGGUCAGAAAGGACAUGUGUAAGCUAACAGAAAUCCCUAACAGUGCUUUAAAGUCAAAUUUCUGCUUAUUUUAUGCAAAGUUUAUUUGAACAAAUGUUAUCUCUGGCGCAGUCGGGUUGACUCAAAGGGUUUUAGUCACUACAUGCUUCGCUUUGCAAGCAACUUUCAGGUGAAGGAAUGGUCAUCCAGCCCUCAGAUAAGGAAGUGAGGAUACGUGACUGCACAAUGAUCCGGAUUUUCCAGUGCAGCUCUUGAGUAACAGAAGUUCAUUGGCUGAACUGGCGAGGCUAAUCAGACUUUUUCCCUUUAUUUUUACCACGAGGUCCAGAGUCGUUUUUGCUCGCAGAGCGGCAGACUGCAUGUUACAAGGAAAAAAAAAACACUAUUCUUUUCUGCUUUACUGAUGAUUACUAUCUUAAUAUUUUAAAAUAUAGUGUGGUUUGGUUUUUGAUAUUCACCCACAACACAGACGACAAUGCGUUUAGGUCAUGUCUAAGAUGCUUGUGCCAUAUUGAAGUGUGUGUUGCUGUUCAGAAGUUAUCACUUCAUUUGCAAUAAAUUGGCCGGAGUGGGGGUGGAUCGUUGUUGAAAUGCAAAUUUUUCUGUUUUUUCCCAGGUUGUUUUAAAUAAAAAGCACAUACAUUUGUAAUAAAAAGGUGUAGAAGAAGAAAUAAUAUAAAUGUGAGAUGUAUUAUGUCCUCUUAAUGGGGCUUAUUGACUAUGAAAAGAAGCCAGCUGUUGUGUUGACAUGGUUUUAACUGUUGCAAGCCCCUAUUAUACUUUAAGAAAAAAAAGGUGUCAUUCGUCCUUCAUAUAGUUUAAAACGCUUGGCCGUUGGGUGUUUGCCAGGGCUCAGUGCUUGUCCUUAUGUCAGAGUUUUUAUUUUCUAUUGGAGAAAAAAAAAAAUGACCAGUGGGUCUGUAUGUGAGUCUUGCAUGCCAUUGUUCUUAUCUGUGCUGGUGCCCCAACAAACUUGCGUGGCAAGAUCACCCAUUUCUAAAAAGAUGAGCCACCCUGCAGCUCUGACCAGGUACCACCAGCCUCGUCCAAAGAGACUGUACAACUUCACUUCGAGCCACGUCUGGGAAGCUGCUCUCUGACCCGUCAGGGAGGAGAGAAGCGAUGGGGAGGUACCCGGCUUCCUCCCCCCUGACUGUAGCCCCUCCUUACAUCACUGGUGGAAAAUGGUUUGUGUGUUUAAGCUGCUGGUGAAUCCUGUGGACAAACAACAGGCGGGACAGAAAAAAGUCAGGAUUCUCUGCAAAGCUUAACUCAAUGAACACUCCAAGGAUGACACUAAAGAAUUAAAUCUCACAUGUAAGCCUUUGGUCUGCAGGAUUCACAGCCUCCUGGAGUCACAGGUGUCCCUCGGGACGUCAAGUCCAACAGUCCAUAAUGCCAUUGUGUUGCACAGUUAAAGUUGAAUUGCAGAAGUAUCAUAUUUGUAAAAUCAUGAGAAAGACAAUAAAAUUAUUAAGAUUUA